CAAUUGCAGUUGCGCGCAUAAAAGAAGGGUACGAACUCCCUGCUGUCGUUUUUAGGUGUAUAGAAUAUCUGGAUGCGAAUGAUGCAGAUAAAGAAGAAGGCAUUUACCGCCUUAGUGGUGCUGCCAUGACAUUAAAACACUUAAAAGAUAGAUUCAAUUCUGAAGGUGAUGUCGACUUACUUAACCAAGGAGAGUAUUACGAUGUGCAUGCUGUAGCUGGAUUGUUGAAGCUUUACCUGAGAGAACUACCUACAAGUGUUCUAACCCGAGAAUUACACAUGGAAUUUGUAAACGUUGUUGAUCUUCUCGAUAGACGAGAUCGUAUUAAUGAACUUGGUCGUUUAGUUUCGUCUCUUCCUUUAGCCAACUAUACGUUGCUUCGGGCACUGACAGGUCACUUAAUUAGAAUUGUACAAAAUUCUGAGAUUAAUAAGAUGACAGUACGUAAUAUUGGGAUAGUUUUUUCUCCUACAUUGGGUAUCCCAGCUGGUGUUUUUAGCCUCUUCAUGGCGGAGUUCGAUUACAUCUUCUUUACAGAUAGUGAUGGUGUUGCUGCUCCAAAAACUAUAGAAGUAACACCAGAAAAUCACGAAAAAGAUUAUCAUCAACCUUCAACAAAUGAUUUUUCAUCCGAAUCCACCUCAGAUAAUCAACAAUUGGCAAAUGCCAGUCCGAAUGAAGAUACAAGUUCACCUACUGCUUUGUCACCUAAAACUGCUUUACGGAAACGUGAUAUUCGUGAAGAAAUUACGGGCAGAAGUAAUCGAAAUAGUGUUCAUUAUAUGGAUAGUGCUCCUGAAGUUGUGGUCGGGUUAGAACGGAGGUUGACAGUAACUAAAUCAAGCCUUCGCAGAAAUGAGCGGAAUGAUGAUUCAUCAGAGGAAGAAGUUAAUGAUCUCGCUCUUCAGGUUGAGGAUGUUGACUAUGAUGCAGAGAGCGUUUCAUCAGCUUCAGUUGAAGAAUUUGUCGCAUCCUCACCGCCGGAUUCUUCAAACUUGUCGUUACCAUCUCCUCGGAUACUAGCACCACCGUCUCCUCGGACAUUAGCACCAUCAUUACAAUUGCCAGAAUCAAAUUAUUACGAAAUGUCCGAUGAAACAUCAGAAACACAAAAAUCUGUGACAGGUUAUACCGAUGAUGUCAAGUUACCUGCUUGA